AAUGAAGAUACCACAUAACGCGGUAUGCGAACGUAUACAGAAAUUUUUUACUGUUGUGUCAUUUAUUCGGAUUAAAUAUGUAAGAAUAAGAACUAAGUUGGAAAUACUUGAGACGUAUUUCUUGUUAACAGAUCACCCCCCUAGGGGUGGGGUCUUCUGUCAUUUAAAGCCAAAGAAUUAACGAGUUAUGUCAGUAUUGUGAAAUAAAAGUGAAAAACGUAAUCAUGGCACGUCCUAUUGUACCAAGUCAACAAAAGUUGGCUGAGAAGUUAACUAUAUUAAAUGAUAGAGGUAUUGGGAUGCUCACACGUAUUUAUAAUAUUAAGAAGGCUUGUGGCGAUGCCAAAUCCAAACCUGGAUUUCUUUCCGAUAAGACUCUUGAAUCAUCGAUAAAGACAAUAGUUAGAAAGUUUCCUAAUAUCGACAUCAAGGGACUGCAAACGAUUACCAAUCUGCGUAAUGAGAUUAUCAAAUCUCUUUCUUUGUACUAUUAUACGUUUGUAGAUUUACUCGACUUCAAAGACAACGUUUGCGAACUCUUGACUACGAUGGACGCAUGUGGUGUACACAUGGAUAUUACUAUCAAUUUUGAUUUGACUAAAGGUUACCUGGAUCUUGUUGUCACUUACGUCAGUUUAAUGAUACUCCUCUCAAGAGUCGAAGACCGUAAAGCUGUAUUAGGUCUUUUUAAUGCCGCUCACGAAAUGGUGCACAGUCAAUCUGAUCCUAGCUUUCCUCGUUUGGGUCAAAUGAUAAUGGAUUACGAUGCACCUUUAAAGAAACUUUCCGAGGAAUUUGUUCCUCAUUCAAAGUUAUUGAAAAAUGCUCUCACUUCUUUGUGGCCCAUUUAUCCUGGUAGAAAUCUAACUGCUGAUACUUGGAGGGCAGAUCAGAAACUCAGUCUAGUAGGAAGUCCUGGACAAAUAUUGAAAGCAGCUGCUACAGAUACGAUGUCAUGUGAAACUCUGAGUUUAGAUAGAGUCGAAAGAUGGGUUAUACUCGGCUUCACGCUUUGCCAUACUUUUUUGAGUCAAGAACAACCUAAUAAACUUUGGAUCACUGCUUUGGAAUCUGGGUGGGUAUUAGCUUUGUUUAGAGAUGAAGUUAUUUAUAUACAUCAGUAUAUUCAGACAUUUUUUGAGAGUAUGAAAGGAUAUAGUAAAAGGGUAUCAGAAGUUAAAGAUUGUUAUAAUCAAGCGGUACAGAAAGCUGGCUAUAGACACAGAGAACGAAGAAAAUUUUUGAGGACAGCUUUAAAGGAAUUAGGUUUAAUUUUAACGGAUCAACCUGGUCUUCUCGGACCAAAAGCAUUGCUUGUGUUAAUGGGACUAUCUCAUGCGAGAGAUGAAGUACUAUGGCUUUUAAGACACGGUGAUAAUCCUCCAACUCAAGGAAAAGGGAAAGGCAGAGGCAGCGAAGAUUUAGUGGAUCGACAGUUACCAGAAUUACUUUUUCAUUGCGAAGAAUUAAGAGCCUUGGUAAAGAAGUAUUCUCAGGUGCUUCAGAGGUAUUAUGUACAAUUUCUCUCAGGAUUUGAUGCUCCUGCAUUGCAUCAAAUGAUACAAAAUCUUCCAGUUUGUCCUGAAGAUGAGGGAGCAAUUCUUAGUGAUAUGUGCUCAACGAUCGCGAGUUUGACUGUAAAGCAAGUAGAGGAUAACGAACUAUUCGAUUUUCGUCCUUUCAGAUUGGACUGGUUUAGAUUACAAGCUUAUAUGUCUAUUGCCAAAUGUAAUAUGAAUUUAGCAGAUAACAGAGAAUUAGCUUCUUUCAUGGAUACGGUAGUUUUUCAUACCAAAAUGGUAGAUAAUUUAGAUGAAAUGUUAGUUGAAACUUCGGAUUUAUCGAUAUUUUGUUUUUACAGUAAAAUAUUUGAGGAUCAAUUUCACAUGUGUUUAGAAUUUCCGGCUCAAAAUCGAUACAUAGUAGCUUUCCCGCUUAUAUGUAGUCACUUUCAAAGUUGUACGCACGAAUUGUGUCCAGAGGAACGUCAUCAUAUUCGCGAAAGAAGUUUAUCUGUUGUAAAUAUGUUUUUAGAUGAAAUGGCUAAAGAAGCUAAGAACAUAAUAACGACUAUUUGCGACGAACAAUGCAAUAUGAGCGAUAUGCUUUUACCUAAACAUUGCGCGGUAUUAAUAUCCCAAGUUGUCAAUAGAAAGAAAAAGGACAAGAAUAAGAAGAAUAUGAGUGAGAUACAUAAACCAGGUAUAGAAAGUUACAGGAAAACUAGAGAAGAAUUAACAACGAUGGAUAAAUUACAUAUGGCUUUAACAGAGUUGUGUUAUGCGAUUAAUUAUUGUCCUACCAUCAAUGUAUGGGAAUAUACAUUUGCACCUAGAGAAUACUUACAUCAACAUCUUGAAUCGCGAUUUGCUAGAGCCCUUGUUGGAAUGGUUAUGUAUAAUUCGGAUACAAACGAGAUAGCUAAACCAUCAGAAUUAUUUGUUAGUGUCAGAUCGUACAUGAAUGUUCUUCAAACAGUAGAAAAUUAUGUACACAUAGAUAUUACUCGUGUAUUCAACAAUGCUCUUCUCCAACAGACUCAAGAGUUAGAUAGUCACGGUGAUAAAACUAUAGCUGCAUUAUAUACACAAUGGUAUUCUGAUGUACUCCUUAGACGAGUUAGUGCUGGAAACAUAUGUUAUUCUGGAAACCAAAGAGCAUUUGUCAGUUUAUCAGUAGAGGGAGCAAUUCCUUUUAAUGCCGAGGAAUUCUCUGAUAUUAACGAACUAAGAGCAUUGGCCGAAUUAAUUGGACCAUAUGGUAUGAAGAUGUUAAACGAAAAUCUAAUGUGGCAUAUAGCUAGCCAAGUACAACAAUUAAAAAAAUUAGUCACAGGAAACAAGGACGUUCUUAUAGCAUUAAGAACUAAUUUUGAUAAACCUGAAGUAAUGAAAGAACAAUUCAAAAGAUUGCAAAGCGUUGAUAAUGUACUUCAGAGAGUAGCUAUAAUAGGAGUAAUACUGAGUUUCAGGCAAUUGGCACAAUCUGCAUUGGUCGACGUUUUGGAAGAACGUAUUCCGUUCCUUCUGAGUUCGAUUCUUGAUUUUCGACAUCAUUUACCAUCUGGAGAUCCAAUGAGGAUCGUUUCUGAGAUGACAUCUGCUGCUGGUUUAACGUGUAAAGUUGAUCCUACAUUAACCACUGCUUUAAGAAGUCAAAAAGCAGAAGUGGGCGAAGAUGAACACUUGCUGGUUUGUUUAUUAAUGGUAUUCGUAGCUGUAUCUAUUCCAAAAUUAGCAAAAAACGAAAAUUCAUUUUAUCGAGCAUCUCUUGAAGGCCACUCGAAUAAUAUUCAUUGUAUGGCAACAGCGAUAAAUAAUAUAUUUGGUGCGUUAUUUACGAUUUGCGGACAAAAUGAUAUAGAGGAUAGAAUGAAGGAAUUCCUUGCAUUAGCUUCAUCCAGUCUAUUAAGACUCGGUCAAGAAGCUGAUAAAGAAGCGACUAGAAACAGAGAAUCCGUUUAUCUUUUGUUGGAUCAAAUAGUUCAAGAAUCCCCUUUCCUAACAAUGGAUUUAUUGGAAAGUUGUUUUCCAUACGCUCUUAUACGAAAUGCAUAUCACGACGUGUACAAGCUUGAACACUCUCAGCCAUAGAGAUUACGAUGAUAACAAGAAAAUUAUAUAUCGAAUCAACGAUCAAAACGCACUAUAGUCAUACUCAGAGUUACUUUUCUACGUCCAAUUGUGUACCAUCAACAAACUUACCGUACACUAUAUAUCAUUGGGAUUAUAACUUUAAAAAAUGAGAGAGAACGAAAAGAAAAUGAUAAUAAUAAUAAUAAUUAUAAUAAU